GGCAUCACGUUUCCUGCCUGCGCAGGAACGCGCGAGCCACCGGUCAGGCGGCAGAAUACGGAACAGCGACACGAGCGUUGGACAAACGGCUAGCUCACGCGCUCAUGUCGUUAAGUUAUUUGAACCCGUCCGCUCGUGCGAGGCUAUAAAUAUGACCGCGUUUGCUCAAAAGUGCGCCACUGGAGGCUGAGACUGUUCUGCAGUGUGAGUGAAACUAAACGACACAAACACACGGCACGGUACAUCACCUCCUCCUCCUCCUCCUCCUUAUACAGUUCCUCGCCUCCGGUAUCGGGUAUCUCAAUGGCGGACCCCAAAGCACCAGCCCCGGGUAGGGUGGAGGAUGAGAAGACCGACCGUAUCAACGACGCAGAGCUGGCGCUGAAAGGAAUCAAUAUGCUGCUCAACAACGGAUUCAAGGAGAGCGACGAGCUCUUCAGGACGUACAGGAACCACAGUCCUUUGAUGAGUUUCGGGGCCAGUUUUGUGAGUUUUCUGAACGCCAUGAUGACCUUUGAAGAGGAGAAAAUGCAGACGGCCUUUGAGGACCUCAAAGCGACAGAGCGACUGUGUGAGAGUGAAAACACUGGUGUCAUUGAAACCAUUAAGAACAAGAUCAAGAGGAGCAUGGACUCUCAGAGGUCGGGGGUGGCUGCCGUGGACCGACUCCAGAGGCAGAUUAUCAUUGCAGACUGCCAGGUUUACCUUGCAGUGCUGUCUUUCAUCAAGCAAGAGCUGUCGUCGUACAUCAAAGGAGGCUGGAUCCUCCGUAAAGCCUGGAAGAUGUACAACAAAUGUUACAGCGACAUCACACAGCUGCAGGAGGGAAGCAGACGUAGAGCGUCUGAACAGCAAGCAACGCCACCUCCAUCUCUGUCCUCCUCCUCUGACCUGUCCCACCACAGCCGCUCCUCCUCGCCCGGGCCGAGCCCAUCCCACAGAGUGGACGGCGUCAGCCCCGAGGCUCUGGACCGGCUAAAAGGUUCGGUCAGCUUCGGUUACGGCCUCUUCCACCUCUGUAUCUCGAUGGUGCCGCCGCACCUCCUGAAGAUCGUCAACCUGCUGGGUUUCCCAGGCGACCGCCUUCAAGGCCUGUCAGCGCUCACAUACGCCAGUGAAAGUAAGGACAUGAAGGCCCCCUUAGCUACCCUGGCCCUCUUGUGGUACCACACAGUAGUGCAGCCCUUCUUCGCUCUAGACGGCGCAGACACACAGGCAGGACUCAUGGAAGCCAAAUCCAUCCUUCAACAAAGGGAGGCUAUCUAUCCAAACUCCUCCCUCUUCAUGUUUUUCAAAGGCAGAGUUCAACGCCUCGAGUGCCAGAUCACUAGUGCCUUGACGUCCUUCCGUGAUGCCUUAGAUCUGGCCUCUGACCAGAGGGAGAUUCAGCACGUGUGUUUAUAUGAAAUAGGUUGGUGUAGCAUGAUCGAGCUGAACUACAGAGAGGCCUACAAAGCUUUUGAGCGACUGAUGACUGAGUCUCGGUGGUCCCAGUGCUACUACGCCUAUUUAACUGGAGUGUGCCAGGGAGCCACGGGUGACCUGGAGGGAGCCGUCCACGUGUUCAAGGAUGUUCAAAGACUUUUCAAACGCAAGAACAAUCAGAUAGAGUUGUUCUCCAUGAAGAGGGCCGAGAAGCUAAGAAGCACCAGUCUGUCCAAAGAACUCUGCAUCCUGUCUGUGAUCGAGAUUCUUUAUCUGUGGAAAGCUCUGGCCAACUGCUCAACCGCCAAGCUGCAGACGAUGACACAAGUCCUCCAGGGAAUUGACGAUGCCUCAUGUGCAGGCCUGAAAAACCUGCUUCUUGGUGCCAUUAACAAAUGUCUUCAUAAUACCAAAGAUGCCAUUCAGUAUUUCCGUCUGGCUGCGAGGGAUGAGGUGGGUCGCCUGAGCAACUCUUAUGUGCAGCCCUACUCCUGCUAUGAACUGGGCUGUGUGCUGCUGAACACACCAGAGUCUGUAGCGAGGGGCAGAAUGCUAAUGCUUCAGGCCAAGGAGGACUACUCUGGCUACGACUUUGAAAACAGGCUCCAUGUUCGUAUCCAUUCAGCUUUCGCCUCGAUGAGAACUGAAGCUCAGCCUUGACAUUUUAUCUGCACCUCAGAAAGAACUGGAAGAAAUGUCUUUAUGAGAGCCACACCAUCAUUCUGGUCAUUAAUGCUACACUGUUCUAAUUUAUUUUCACAUUCUGAGCCAAUGUAUCAUUUUAAAACGUGUGCAAUAUACUGUAAAUGUUUUAUGGGAGAACAGUUACAAUAGGGGGAUUAUGUUACGUUAUUUGCUAUAAAUUAAUACAUUUGAAUUUUGUUGUUUACAUUAAUUCCAAAACUUGAUGCCAGUUAAAUCAGGUGAAAAUCUACGGACUCAUUUUGAAAAGAAUCACUAAUAUUGCUUCCACAGAGGGACAAUUUUGCCUCUCAUAUGGAGUCAAAUCAGGUCAAAUAGAGUAAUGGCACAUAUCAAGUAUUAAUGACAAAGUGACGACUUUGAGAAGCCAAUAUUCUUACCAUCUCUGUGUUGGUUGGUGAUUUUGACAUUUGUGCUGUAAAGGCUUUGCUAAUUCAUACACAUGAGUACAAACAGUUUUUUUUUUUUAGUGUAGUCCCUUUUUUAAGUACAGUUGUUUUUAAAUCAGUGUAAAUAUGUCUUGCACACAAGUUUUAAUAGAUAUGCCAACGUCAUGUUGUGCCACUAUGCACACACAGUGCUACUCUGCUGUAAACUGGUUCUCCUUUUUAUUGUUUGUUUAAGAUAAUUAAAAUGAAUAUUGUAAAA